UCAUGCCAUCCUUUGAGGAUGGGUUGGAACCAGAGGCCCUGUGAACAAUUGAGGAGAUAGGACCUAUCGUCUACUUCGAACCUUAAAACGUCUUUGGAAAGAGGGGUGCUUCUCUCAGGUAAAAAUUCACACUUUGCUCAAUUCAACACACUUGACAUCGUAGCGCAACACCGCAUCCCACUUACGAAACACCCUUAAAAUGGAACCAGAUACAGCGGCGACCCAUGACGAGAUCUGGGAAGAUUCGGCGCUCGUGGAAUCCUGGAACCAAGCACUAGAGGAGUACAAGAAAUACCACAGCAUCCACGCCAGAGGAGGCACAGUCGACGACAUAGUACCAAACGGCCAAGAUGACGAAAAGACACUACAGAACGCCAAGCCUGGAACGGGAGACACUGGUGAACAACCUAUGGCGCCGGAGGAGGACGAGGCAGAGGACAGCGUCCCAAUGGACGAGAGCGACGAGAAAUCAUACCCGACAAUUUCGGAUGCGCAAAAUUCCGUAGAUGCGAAGAAGGACGAUGGACCGGUAGCAGCAGGCGGGCCUCCUGCAUUAGGCCCGCAGACCCUUCUGGGGACCAUCCAGGAUGAAGAGCUCAAAAAGCUCUUGAUGUCGUGGUACUACGCAGGCUAUUACACGGGUCUCUAUGAAGGCAAACAGCAAGGGCUCCAGCAAGCAGAACAACUCCGCAAGAGUUCUUGACGACUCUAGAUUGCCUUGUUUAUUACAAUCAGUUCACCAGGCCGAUCAGCCCAUUGAUUUCUUUUCAUGAUCGUGGUGUUAGUGAGAGCCUAACAAAAAGUCGUCUGAAACGGGAGGCAAAAUCCACGCACUAAGGCCGGGAAUUUUCUGCGCCAAGCCUCUUCUUUGCUUGGCGCCCCGCUCCCCACUAGCCUCCCCCACAACUCUGCAGGGAAGUAACUUCGUACCUGCAGCCGGAUCACCUUGCAAACGCCCAUCUG